GACUCUUCCUGCUGGUUACUUGGAGAUCGGGGAGUCAGCUGCUGAAGGGGCAAUGAGGGAAACCUUUGAAGAAGCAAACGCUGAAGUUGAAAUUAUUUCACCAUUUGCUCAAUUAGAUAUUCCUUACAUUGGACAGAGCUACAUCAUAUUCCGAGCAAAAAUGAAGAAGCCUUAUUUUUCGGCUGGCUCGGAAUCACUGGAAUGCACUCUUUUCUCUCUGGAUGACAUACCCUUCGGAUCACUCGCAUUUUCAUCAGUAUACGUCGCAUUAAAAAUGUAUGCUGAAGAUGUGAAGAAUGAGAAGCUUAAGUUUCACUACUGCAUCAUAAACAAGAGACCUGGAGCAAGCCUAUCUGAUCCCAAUGGUUUUGAUUUGGAACAUCACCUGCAUUCAUGAAUUUUCGGAAAGCCUGAGUUUCUCAGGUUAGUGCUUUUACUUCCCCUGUAAUUCUUCAUAACAUGUGUUCCGGAUCAUGAUUUGUCUGCUGCAAUGGAGCUUUUAACCACUUUGCCCAUCUAAUUUAGUAAUCCUUCACUAAGGUUAGGGGUUGGGGUGUAAAGUUUCUUUUUAUAGAUCAGUCCCUUGGUUUAUCAUUUGCAAAUAUGCUGUUAAGUAUAUUAUAUCAUUAUUAUUAUGUUAUUUAUCAUUUUUAUUCUUUUUAGAU